AUGUCACUUCCCACCGGCGCAACGUCGUUCUCACUCAAGCCUGUCGUCCCAGCUGACUUCCCCGCCAUGGCAGAAAUGUGCGGCCUCGCUUUCGAGGACGACAGACACACAAUGCUGAAGGCUGCCCACCCAACAAGGCCCUACAACCACGCAGCUGGAAUGGGUGGAGCUUUUGAGUAUUGGAUCAGCCGUCCAGCCGGAAGCCUAGAAUUGACCAAGGCAGUCGACGAUGCAACAGGGGAGAUUUUAGGGUUUGUGUGCUGGGGCAUGAGCCUUGACGAGGUUGUCCCGAACACAGACCCAACCAAGUCAGAACAAACCAUCGCGACAGGGCAGGGUCAGAGAGGUGCAGGGACCAACCUCGAAAAGCCGAAAUUAGUUGUUUCUGCAGACGACAUUCUGAAGCCAGAUUCGGACCUUGACGCUCUAGGACAGCUCAAGGAGUUCACAUCGUCCCACAUAGCGGCCUUCCAGGGGCGAUUCAAGGAUACGAGGUGUAUGUACGUGAUAACGAUUACCGUGCAUCCAAAAUACCAAGGUCGCGGCGUCGGCCCUGCUCUUAUCAAGAAAGGCACGGAUCGCGCUGAUUCCGAGGGUGUGUUAUGCUGGGUCCACUCCAGCGAGGCUGGUGUUCAUACAUAUCAGAAGUGCGGGUUCGAGCCGGACAGCACGCUGGAGAUCGAUUUGGACAGCUGGGCGCAGAAAAUGGACAUCAAUGCACCGGUGGGAGACGACAGGUGGGGGACAUAUACUUUUAGAUACAUGAUCAGGCAGCCAAAGGUCACUUAA